AUAAGCAGAUAUUGUAAAAUGCAAUUGUAAAGGCGAUAGAGAAAAGGAUGAUUGCAACGCUACGUAGGCAUCACGAGCGAACAUAAAUUUACGAGUCGAUUACGAAUCUAAGUUUUCUUUUACGUAUGAUCAACACGCGAGACGACGCCAUAUUGACUGAGUGUUGACUGAUGCCGUGCAGGUGUUUACGCGGUAGUUAAUAAAAUUUUUAGGAAAAAAAAAGAACGUAUCAGUUGUUUCUCUACUCGGGUACUAAUACCGUGGAUAUUCUAUUGUGUUAUUGUUCUAUUAGAUUUAUUAAAAUAAUGAGCGGUAGUGACGGAAAGGAAGAUCAAUCUGAGAGAGCAAAGGAAGGAAACGUCGUCUUGAUGGGUGAAACUCUAGCAAAAAAUUGUACGCACAAUGAUCCCCAAUGUUGUUUUAAUGUUGAUUUUAUGCGAUUGGGGGUUGACAUAGCAGGUGACAUAGAGGAAGAAACCGUUAUAUCUACCGAUAUUACGGACUAUGUUCCUCUCACGAGUAUGACUAUAAAUGAAAGCGAGGUUGAUACCUCCGACAGUGACACAGUGUAUUCUGAAAAUAUGAAAUGUUCUAUUGUAUCUACAAGUCCAGAGGUAUCACCCCAUAAUCUAUCUACAAAAUCAAUAUCGAUUCAUAGUCCUUCAAGACGAAGUAGAGAGUCAUGUUCGUGCGACGUUUAUAAAGCUAACAGAGAUAUAUUCCGUGAGGAGCUUCAAGCUGCCAUGAAAUUUCAGAACCUUUGGUCUAAUUUAAGGCAGCAAAUACGCGCAGUUUUUAAAACCGCUUUGAAAGUUUCUCACUCGUCCGAUACUUUACAAUCCCAACAUGAAAUGUUUCCUUUGAUCGAUAUGCACGAUACGGUAACUCAAUUAUGCAAAAGGGAUCCUUAUCAAUUAUUUAUGAGGUUAGUGGGUCAGGCACAAGAAUUUGUUGUAGAAGUUAAAGUACGCCUAUUGGCACUUCUAGAUGACCGUAGUGUGAAUAAUUUAGCCGAAAUCUUUCUUGCCGGGCUUUUGGAUGACUAUGAUGCGUUAAUAUCAACCGCUUUUAAAAUUUCUAUAAUAGUAAAACCGCUAAAAAAACAUCUGUGUAAAUUUAAUUUAACAUGGGAUUGUUUUAUUAAGAAAUUAUAUCAAAUUUAUGUCUAUAAUAAUCCAUUGGUACAAAAUAAUUUGCCUCCUUUUCUUGUACAGUUAAGGAAAGUUUUACUACUGAAAGGCUUGGAAUAUCAGGAACUAAUUCGUAGAUAUCUGUCAUUUGACGAUGAAAUGAUAACAAUACGUAGCCUGUGGCCAGAGAUAGAGCCAUGGAUGGUUAAAUAUAAUGCAGAACAAGCAGUACAAAUGACACAACUCAGGCACAUUAGAGAAGGCUGGGGAUUAUUUACAACUAUUCGAAAGAUCAUGGAAAUACGGAAAUUGAUGAAAUUAUCGGAUGGUGGAAGCAAAAUGCAAGACAUCGAUGGGCAAUUAACUGCUUUCAUCGAACUAGCGAAACACGGUGCAUCUAGUACAGAUGGUAAAUCCUCAAGUCCUACUCCAGAUUUUAGCUCAUUUAGCUCAGAUUCACUUAAUAUAUCUCAAUGUCUUGAAGUAGUCCAAAUUUUAUUGGAUGACUGGAACAAAGCUCGUCAUCAAAAAUUAGUUGAUAUUGCAAGAGAACUUACAGUGAGACAUAUGGUAGCUAAUGAGAACGAUCCAGACUCUUUAGCUUAUGCGCAUGCAUCAAAUCAUUUAGAACAAUUUGCGAUUAGAAGAGUCAGGAGUCAUGGAAAAGAUAUAUCUAUAGAAGAUAGUAUCGUGGAAGAAGAAAACGAUUGUAAAUGUCAAGAAUGUACAAAACCUUCGACAGCUCCAGUGAGUGGAAACGGUCGUAUUGGAAAUAUCGAAUUACCAACGGACAACGUAAAUUUCUUUCCUAUAAUCGCUAAUGGAUUAAUGAAACACAUUAUUAACUUCACCGCUACUAAUAGCAGUAAUACUGAAAUUCAAUUAAAAAAACUAUUCGAAGAAAUGAAAGAUACAAUUGGUCUUAAAGAAGAAAAAGAUAUUAUUUUAAAGAACGUAGAUGACAAUAUUGAUACACAGCCAUCUACUCCACAACCUUGUCAAUGUGUGCAUCUACAUGCAAAAGAAAUAGCUGAAAGGAAGAAAGGAACUAUAGAAGAUCCUCCCUGUCCUUGUCUUUUAAACUCAAAAAGAAAAUGGGAUAUUUGUCCGUGUUUAACGAAAAUUUUAGAAGAACCUGCUGUUACUAAUACUCAUCCUAAAGAGAUAUCGUCCAAUUCAGUUGCGGUCAAUUGUAAUCAAGAAUUAACUAAACCAACUGUUAAAACGGGAUCUACGCAAUCUACGCAAACGCAAACAAGGCAUUCCACGACACAAACACCUAAUUCAAAUCAUAAUCGUAUCACAUUUCCAAGUACUACCACUCAUCCGUAUACUCAUAGAUCUGUUCCGGAUGUGACAAAAAGUACAGUGCCUUCGCACAAACUUCAUACCCACAACAAUCAUAACUCACACGCCUGUCAUAAACAAACAAAUGUCGAACACAUCAAGAGGGUAUCGUGUAACGAUUUAAGUUCUGGAGACGGAGAUUGUUCCGAUUCUGCAAGCAGUCAAGAAGAUUCUUGUUCAACCAGUAGCUCCGCACAAAGAGAUUCUAGUAGACAUUGCGAUUGCUGUUAUUGCGAAGUUUUCGGUCAUGGAGUUCCAUCCGUAGCACCAGUUAGUAGAAAUUAUAACGAGAUGAGAGAACGAUUAAGGCAAAUAUUGACAAAGAAGAAAGCUAAAAAAUGUAAAGCUACGUAUAGUACGCCAAAAAGUCUGGUUGACGUGGCACUGCCACUUUCCAAUGUCAAUCAGGAAUCCAAACCAAUUAUGAAUAAUUUAGCGUUAAGAUCAAAUACUCCUGUUUCGACAACAUUAUCGGAAGAUCCUCGGGAUCAAAGAAAUUUAGAAGAAUUAUUGGACUUUAUCGAAGGUAAUCAGAAUGGGAAAAAGGAUAAUAACAAGAAGGCUGAGAAAAAGGCAAGGCAGAAGCAACGUAAGUUGCAAGAGAAGAUGAAAAAGGACAGACAGGAAGCGGAGAAGCAGAAAUUAAUCGAAUUACAAAAGAAGACACCGGAGGUUACGAUCACCGUUGUCGAUUCUCAGAAACCUGUCAAUCAAAGAUUUUUACCUCAGUGCAAUCUUCCCGAAGUGUCGAUUUUACCUACAUCCAAUCCAAACAUUUUAUCAAGUGGAAAACAUAUAACGAAUAAGAAGAAGGAGAAGCAAGAGACGUGCAAUAUUAAUACAAAUAAUUCUGGUAAUAACAAAGUAAAAAUCGCAUCCUCGGUAACAGCGAAUUUGAAGAUGAAAAAUAUAUCGAAUGCGGAUAAGUUAGAACAAAUUACAAAUUCUAAUCAAUCGAGUAAGAUCGAUAUAAAAAGUGGAAAACUUGAAUUUAGUAAUAAAGCUUUUAAAGGAACGACGAAUAUUAACGCAUUGAAUACAAAAGACAAUGCCAAUCAUAUCGUAGACAAAUUGGCAGCAAUGGAAUUAACGGAUAAACAAUUGACUAAGAAAGAAAGGAAAAAAUUAAGGAGAGAAAUGAGGAAGCAAGAGGAAGCUAAAAUGAAUGCAAACGUAGAGCCUGUUCAACAUACAGAAAAUCAACCACAAAUCGUUACGAUUAAAAGAAUAAUGGAAUCUAAUAGUACGGAACCAACGGUUACAAUAACGUUAAAAGGACAAACUCCUGCGGAGGAUAAAGUUUUAUUUACGUUGGUAAAUGGACAAACCAAGGAAGUUCCUUUACAUAAAUCUGAACAAGAACAAAAUUUAUGUAACAACAACAACAACAACAACAACAAUAACAAUAACAACAACAACAACAACAAUAAUAAUAAUAAUAAUAAUAAAAGGAAGAAAAGUAACAAAGCAUCCAGCAAUAACGAAACUAUACAAAGUAAUAAGUUACAUCAAGCCAGUAGUACAAAACAACAGCAACAAGUUAAAGUGUGCGACGCGAAGCAUACGACGAAGUAUCAAACCAACAACGAAAAGUCGAAAGGUAUUAAACAAACCGAAGAACGGAAAAUACAACAGCAUGGUGUUAACGAAAUUAAAACUACAAAGUCUAAGAAGGAUAAGAAGAAUUCUGAAACCAAAGAAAACGUCUCGCAGCAUCAACAGAAUCUAUCGAGUAAGAGUAAGAAUUUACAACAAAAUACUCAAGUUAAGAAGACGAACAGAUCUGUUAAUAUUACGCAAAUGACGGAUAUACAUAAGUGUAACGUUACACUCGAACCAGUUAUAAAGACAAAGAAUCAACAUGAGAAAAUUAAUGAGAAUGUCGGUAUAAGUAAUAAACAUAAGAAACUUGUAAAUAUAACUAAUACGAAUAAAUCUAUGAAGAACGAGCAACAAAAGUUACAAAUAAAGGGAAAUAAUAAUACGAUUAAACAAGGAUCGUUCUCAGCCAUACCAUCUACGUCGGACGACGUAAUAAAUUCAUCGCUGAGCUCCCAAUUUAGAGAUAUUAGUUUAAAUACCAAAAUCAAUAUAGAAAAUCUUAAAUUACCACCAGGCAUCACGAUAACGAAGGUCGACGUACCCGUUAAACCACUUCCUAUUAAAUCAGCACCGAUGCCUAAGCCGGUUAAUCCUCCAAAGCAAACAACGAUAAUAGCAGCUCCUAUGAGCGGAGUUCAAUCUAGUUAUGCGAGUCCACAAGCUGGUGGCAAUGUGAUAGUAGUAGAUACCGGAAAACUUAAACAAGAUUUACUUCCAAAGCCAAACGAAAUAGAAUUAUCGAGAGACAUGCGUCCAAGUCAGACGAUAACGGGUAAGAAAAAGAAGAAGAAAAAUAAGAGUUCAAGCAGUACGAACAAUUUGAUACAAAGUGCAAUUAAGAAUGCCGAGUGUUCGGUUAACGAUAAUAACAUUUCGGAAGAAUCCGCUAGAAUACUUCACAAUCCAAAUACAAAUAUGGUUACGAUAAGGAAUCCUGCGUUUGGUCCGAUGAAGGUACCGCCGACGCAACAAGCAGCUAUAAUAAAGGUUUCGGAGAAUGGUAUGGUCACAAUAAGAAGUCCAGCACUUCAGCAGGCGAUCAAUGCCGGCUUGGCGGCACCUUCAAAACCAGAUUAUAUAGUUAAAGGUGAUCUUUCUUCGAAUACAGCACAGUUGGAUACAAUAAACAUAAAUGUUAAGCGUACAAACGAUAUGAUACCCAGUAGUUUAGCUGAACUACGGUCACGAUUGACACCCGAUUGCACCGGUGGUUUGGCCGGGCUCGCUAACAUACAAAUUAGCAAAGUGGCGAAGGGUCAACCUAUACCCGAGAAUGGGAUCAACCUGAAAGGUACUAGCGUAACUCUAACUAAAGUGAGAACAGAUACGAAUAUGGAUGACGUUCAUCAUACGAAAGCAGCAGUGAGAGAGGCUAUAAACGCUUCUAUAACGGCUACUACUACUACCGGCAAGGGCAAGAAAAAGAAAAAGCGUGGAAACUGUACGAGGCAGUGCGGAGAUGACUGGAACCUCGUUGAGAGCGUAUUCACACCUAAAGAUAUAGACCUUGAGGAUGGGGAGAUGGAUGACGCCGAACGUGAAUUAGAAGCAUUCAAGAGGUUCUGUCUUCAAUCGGUGCCACCACCACGAAAGGAGAAGGUCAAUCUCAACAUCAAGGACAUCGUCCUUAAGAAGAAAUCAUCCUCCUCGUCCUCUUCAUCUGCGACCGCCGCGGUUAUCGCUGCUAAUUGAAUUCGUUCGUAGUGUGUGCGCUGGCGUGCGUGCGUGCGUGUGUUUCUUUUUUUUUUUUUCUAUUUUUUUUUCUUUCUUUCUUUCUUUUCGAAAUAUCUUUUUUCUGUUUUCUGUUCUUUUCUUUUUUUUUGUUCUCUCUCUCUCUCUCUCUCUGUCUGUCUGUCUGUCUGUCUGUCUGUCUGUCUGUUUCUCUCUCUCUCUUUUGAUAAGAAACGAUUUAUUAUAUAUAUAAAACGUGUAAAAAUACUGCCACAAGAAUACUUUCAAUCGAACGUUAUUACGAGCGAGUGGAUAUCUGUAAACGUUUCUUUCUUGAAAUAUUAUGCGUUUGAAUAUUAACGUUUAAAAGAAAAAAGGUCGAUCGUUGAUUCGACGACAAAUAAAUAUAGACAUCGUCAUAUUCACCGUCGUUGUCUUCGUCGUCAUCGUUUAUCGUCAUUGUCAUUGUUAUCAUUUUUCAUUCAUCAAUCGUCAUCGUCUUCGUCUUCGUCUUCGACUUUGUCUUUGUCUUCAUCUGACGCUUGCGUCAAUGUUUCGUAUUUUCGACAGGAUUAUAUUAUAUUACAUUACAUUACAUACAUGGAUGUAACGAUAUUAAUAUUUAAGAUGGAUAAGAUUAAGGAGAUAUACGGUUAGAUGAAGAAGAGAGUAGACAAAAUAUAAAUAAUUAUAUAUACAUACAUAUAUAUAUAUAUAACUGUUAUGUGUGUGUGUAUAUAUAUAUACAUAGAUACUAACUAUGUCUGUAUAUAUACAUAUAUAUACAUAUAUAUAUAUACACAUAGAUAGUUUACCGCAAAGUAGAUAGAUAAUUAGAAGAGUGACAUGAGUGAGAGAGAGAGAGAGAGAGAGAGAGAGAGAGAGAGAGAGAGAGAGAGAGAGAGAGAGAGAGAGAGAGAGAAGAGAAAAGGAGAGAGAUAGAGCGAACGAACGAAUGAAAAAAAAAAAAAAAGAUUAAUUGACACGACUAAGAGACAAUUGUUUUAAUAAGAGAAAAAGAUAUAAAUAAAACAUGGAAUGGAUAAAAUAAAACAGAAUAAAAAGAAAAAAAGAAAAUAAAAAAAAAAUGGAAAAAAAAAGAAAUACUUAAGAAGAAGAAGAAGAAGAGGAAGAAGAAGCAACAAAAUAGUUUAGCUACGAUUUGACCGUGUGAAAUAGGUCGACGUUUAUUUGUACAAUGAGACAUUAAAGUGUACAUUGUAUGUAUGUAUGUAUGUAUGUAUGUAUGUAUGUACGUACGUACGUAUGUCUGUAUGUGUGAAUGUAUCUAUAUAUCUAUGUACGUACGUAUGUUCAAUGAGUACGUACACAUGUGUUUCUUCUGUGCGCGUGUGUGUAUGUGUGAUAUGUGUAUGCAUGCGUGCGUGUAUAAUUUAAGUAUAGUAGAAAUGAAUUUUUCUGCCAAGACUGUCACGUACCUAAAGUGAUUCUGCACUGAACGGUGUAACGUAAUAAUGUCAACAUUUAAAUAAUAUUAUACGUUCUUGCCAUAUCGCGAAAAUUAAUGGACGAUAUAAUCGCUAUUAGUAAUCGUAUUUGUCAGGCCGGAUAUAAAUGCGCAAGUUCGAAAACAAAGUGGAUGCUACGGAAAAAAAGAAAGAAAGAAUGAAAAAAAAAAAAAGAAGAAGAAGAAGAAGAAAAAAGAACGAGAGAAAAAAUAUUACGAGUAAGAAAGAGAAGGAAAUAAAUAAAUAAAUAAAUAAAUAAAUAAAUAAUUAAUUAAGUAAAUAAAUAAAUAAAUAAAUAAAUAAAAGAAAAAAAAAAGACAAGAAAAAAGCAACCAAACAAAUAAACAAACAAACAAACAAACAGACAAGAACUGUUCCCGACGACGGUUGCGUGCGUGCGUUUCGUGUGCAUGUCACGCGACGAGAUACACACAUAUACGUAUUCUUUUUUUCAAUAAAAACAAAUGCGAAUUUUUACUUAAAUAAAGACUAAACCCGUCUUUCUACGUA